AUGGGUUUCGGCGGAACUCGCUUCAACAUGGUGGCAUUCAUAGCCGUCCUGUUGAACGACGAGCGAGGCACGAUCAGAACGGUUACGCCAGAUUCUGCGUCCGAUGUUGGUAAUCAGUCUUCCGUCUCCGAGUCCGACCACCUUUCCACCAACCCUGCCAUCUCUCCGCGCUCUACUGCCCGAUCCAGGAAUACAGACUGGGAACGCCGUCGAGAAUUUAGUCCGUAUCAUUCUGCUGCCGAUGACGACGAUUUAUCAAGUGAAAGCAGAAGCCAACGCGCUCGAUCACGGACAACGACUUUAGAAGAUCAACGGACACCUUCGGCCGAUUCAAAAGAUUCCGAAGAUUCCGUGAGCUCCAUAGGCUACCCCUCGGUCGUUCAAUCACCAACUCAUGCGGGCCAAACCGGCAGUCGACAACGUCUGCCAAAAGCGCCCUCCGGAGGCCCUGCAUUGAUCACAGGUGUUUCCAGGAACCCUGCUGCCUUUGUAUCUCCAUUAUCCAAUGCCGACUCUGCCAAGAUUCUUCAAUUAAUGAAAACAACCUGCGGCCGAAUGCAUGGCAUACUGUCCUUCCGAACGGCUACAAAUGCGCAAUGGACCUCUGGUUACUGUGCAAUCAAUGUGGCCACUGGUAGCUUGAUAUACCAAGCCAAAGGUGAAGUAGCCAUGGCAAAAACAUUGAUUCCAGAUCUUCGUGGCUGCCACGUCCGAACGAUGUUUGACACGGAGCUCCAAUCAACAUAUCUUAGCGUUUCGACUUUCUCGUCUGGUCUGGGUAUUCAACUCAAGCCCCAUGUUAACGAGACAUUCGACUCAUGGCUUGCUGCAUUAUUAUGCUGGCAGCCUAUACGCCCGAAAGGUGUACAGAAUAAAAGAACGAAACCCCAAUCUGUAGCCAUUGGCGACCGUCGAAUUGCUGACCGGCGACGGAACUCCGAGAGUACGGUACAAAAGGAAGCUGCUAUUAUCAAAGUCGGCAAAAUGCUUCUCUGGGAGAAGCCUAGCCCCUCUGGAGCACGUCCAGAAUCUGGCUGGAAAUCAUCCACGCAACAUAGAAACCACAGAACGCAUUCUACGGCAUGGCAGAGGGUGAGCUGUACCUUGCAGGAAAAUGGCUACUUCAAGCUUUUUACAGAGGCAGACGUAUCGCUACUGGCUGUCAUUCAGCUCUCGCAACUAUCUCGUUGUGCCAUUCAACAGCUAGAACCCUCUGUUUUAGGCGAUGAAUAUUGUAUUGCAAUCUACCCGCAAUAUGCUGCACUGUCAGCCUCAGAAACUGCGUCUCGACCUGUUUUUCUGUCAUUGGAGAGCAGAGUUCUUUUUGAAGUUUGGUUUGUACUUCUACGCGCUUUCACAAUACCUGAAUUAUACGGACCCGAGACCGCUGCUAGCGAAGACCCCAGUCGGUCACAGACUCUGAUCAAUCCUCCCACCCCAUCCACGACCGAUAUGUUUCGAAUAGAGAGAAUGCUCUCGCUCCGGAUCACAGAAGCAAAGCUGACAGGUAACAAGAAUAAGAGCGAAGAAUCACCCAAAAGCAAGAAGCCGUUUGAUUCCAAUGAGAAGUCCUUGGUUAGUGAUUACUAUACUGAAGUUCUUUUGGAUGGUGAGAUAAGGGCCAAAACGGCAGUAAAACAGAGAACAUCCAACCCAUUUUGGAGGGAAGAGUUCUCUUUUCACGACCUGCUUCCGAUUCUCUCCAACGCAUCUAUUCUCUUGAAGACAUUGAACCCUGCCCAAAAGGACUGGACCCUGAUCGCGCAUGGUCCUUAUAGUCUUGAUUCUCAAUCCAACCCCUUGAGCGUUCUUGACGAUCUCGAGUUAUCGUCACAUGAUGCAACUUCCGGACGAGUCGAUUUGCGCUUAGACGAGCUUGAACCAGGCGUCGACCACGAGAAAUGGUGGCCGAUUAUCGAUGACAGGGACCAGGUUAUGGGAGAAAUGUACAUGAAGGUUCGCUUAGAGGAGAUGAUUGUUCUCAUGUCCCACGAAUAUGAGCCCAUGUCGGAGCUCCUACAUAUGUUCCCCAACAACCUCACCAUCAAUAUGAUUCAGCUCGUGCCUACGGAGCUUACCCGCAUAUCGGAGAUUCUUCUUAACAUCUUUCAGGUGUCAGGACAGGCUGCAGAUUGGAUUUCGGCUCUUGUGGAGGAUGAAAUCGAUGGGUUCGAUAGAGACACUUCGUCGACUGCCCAUCACCGAUUCCGGUACACGGCAAGGAUACACUCUAAUGACUCAAAAGAAUCAGGCCAGGACCGUGAGGUUAUUGUACGAGACCUCGGGCGCUCUGCGACAAUCGAAGCCAACUUGCUUUUCCGGGGUAAUUCAUUGUUGACGAAGGCGCUUGACAUGCACAUGAGGCGGUUAGGAAAGGAGUAUUUGGAGGAGACGAUCGGAGACCGCAUCCGUGACCUAGACGAAAGUGAUCCCGAAUGUGAGGUAGAUCCGCUGAAGCUUCGGUAUAGCCGACCAGAAGACUUAGAGCGCAACUGGAGGAACCUCAUUGGUCUCACUACCCUCUUUUGGAAAUCCAUUGCGGCCUCCGCAUCGAGAUGUCCACCAGAACUUCGACGUAUUUUUCGACAUGUGAGGGCUUGCGCAGAGGAUCGCUAUGGUGAUUUCCUACGAUCAGUUACUUACAGCAGUGUGUCAGGAUUCCUCUUUCUCCGAUUUUUCUGCCCUGCCAUUCUUAAUCCCAAGUUGUUUGGCCUGAUGAAGGAGCACCCACGACCUCGUGCUCAACGUACUUUGACCCUCAUUGCCAAGGCACUUCAAGGCUUAGCAAACAUGACAACUUUCGGUAACAAGGAACCGUGGAUGGAACCCAUGAAUAAAUUCUUGCUCUCAAACCGUACUGCUUUCAAAGAAUUUGUUGAUUCUAUCUGCGCAAUUCCAGCGGAGCGACCAGCAGCAAUCGUUACUCCACAAUAUGCCACUCCUAUUCAGAUUCUGGGGCGGUUACCGCCAACGUCUCGAGAAGGCUUUCCAAGUCUUCCUUUCCUUAUCGAUCAUGCUAGAAGCUUUGCAGCAUUAACCAAACUAUGGUUGCAAAAAGCGCCGGAGAAGCUGAACGAACUGGAGGAGGUUGAACCAAGCGUUGCCAAAUUUCAUUCGCUGGCUUUAGAGCUUCAGCGCCGAACCAAGGAAUGUUUCAGCAAAGCCGAAUCCGCCGAGCGUCCAAAUGGAAAUCUUGAGAUGAAAUGGGAGGAAUUAGUAGAAUCGAUGGAUCGCUCUAUAACUUUCUACGAUGAAGCUUCUAAACCGACUACACCUGCUGUGGAGACACCACUCACAGCCCCAGUUGUCGUUUCCAGCCAUCGUAAUUCCAUCGGCUACUUUGCGCCAAAACCUUCACUGCCACGCCGGUCAACUGACACAACUGCGGACGGUGAUGACGAAACACCACCAAGCUCUUCUUCCGCGACUUGGGAACACUAUCGCCUUCCAUUCGCGGUAGGUCGGUCGUCUGACCAUCGUGAAAGUGGCACUAGUUCCAGGAACUCUUCCCAAUAUUCGUUAGAGAACCCGGACAGCUCGAAGAACCGGCAGUCAACGAUAGGAAAGGAGGCAUCCAGCAAGCUCCGACUUCUCGACCUUGUCCCCGGACCGUCGCGGCGCAAGAACAAGGAUUCACUUUCCGCAGACAUUGACGUAUACGACUAUAUACCAACAUCGCUGUUGCUGUUCAAUCUAGCUUUUUGCAUUCCAUUUGUCUCAUCUUCAGAGCAUCAUCAUUACGCUACCUGCACGAUAUUAAUGCAUUUCACCUCCAUGAUACGAAAACCCCCAUUUCCUUGCUAUAAGCAUCUGUUCAUUUCGGUGUUGGAUACCCUCCCAAUUUCUGCCUUUUCCUUUUCAUCUUCUCUCGAGCAUUCAAGCGGUUCCCGAUUUGAUGCUCUUCCCUUUCUUUGA